UUCAUGGAUGACACAAAAGAGAGCAAGAUUUCACAGCAUUAUAACAACUACGUGGAAAUCCAAUCCUCCAAAUUCAUUACACCCAUUAGCCAUACGUCCAUGUCAUGAAUACACAGCCAUUUCACUAACGCAACCUCCCUCUAUAAAUUCCCGAAUAUUUCCUCACUCGUUUCACAUCCUUCGUAUUUACGAACACCUCUAAUAUGGCUCAAACCUCGGUAUUAUCCUUCCUUGUCAUUGCAAUUGUGUUUGUUAUAUGUGUCCAGACCGGAGAAUCUCGAAGACCGUUUGCUUGUGACCCAAGCAAUGCCAUGACCAAGAGCCUCCCAUUUUGUACCGUGUCACUUCACAUACGUGACAGGGUCAGGGACUUGAUUGGGCGCUUGACGUUACAGGAAAAAAUCGGUCUGCUAGUGAACAAUGCAGCUCCGGUGCCUCGGUUGGGGAUCUUAGGCUACGAGUGGUGGUCCGAGGCGUUGCAUGGGGUGUCUGAUGUUGGUCCUGGUACAAAAUUUGGCGGUGAUUUCCCCGGUGCCACCAGCUUUCCGCAAGUCAUCACCACCGCGGCUUCCUUCAACGACUCGUUGUGGGAACGGAUCGGACAGGUGGUGUCGGAUGAAGGAAGAGCAAUGUAUAAUGGAGGAAAGGCUGGACUGACAUUUUGGAGUCCGAAUGUGAACAUAUUCAGAGAUCCUAGAUGGGGCAGAGGCCAAGAAACACCUGGUGAAGACCCUGUUGUGGCAGCUCGCUAUGGCGCUAGAUAUGUCAAGGGACUCCAGAGUCCACAAGGGAACCGAUUGAAGGUUGCCGCCUGUUGUAAACAUUACACUGCCUAUGAUCUUGACAACUGGAAUCAUGUCGAUCGCUUCCAUUUCAAUGCUCAGGUUAGUAAGCAGGAUUUAGAGGACACAUACAAUGUACCGUUCAAGGCUUGUGUCCAAGAAGGCCAGGUUGCGAGUGUAAUGUGUUCGUAUAAUCAAGUCAAUGGCAUCCCUACUUGUGCUGAUCCGAAUCUCUUAAAAAACACUAUUCGUGGUGCAUGGCGCCUUAACGGAUAUAUUGUCUCUGAUUGCGACUCAGUUGGAGUUCUUUUUGAGAAACAACAUUACACAGCCACGCCAGAAGAUGCAGCUGCUGCCACUAUUAAAGCAGGUUUGGAUUUGGAUUGUGGACCUUACUUAGCAGUCUUCACGGAAGGGGCCAUCAAGCAAGGAAAGCUUAGUGAGGCAGAUGUUAAUACUGCUCUGCUCAACACCCUCACAGUACAAAUGCGUUUAGGGAUGUUUGAUGGUCCUAGGCAACCUUAUGCUAACUUGGGGCCCCGGGACGUAUGCACCCCAGACCAUCAACAACUUGCUCUUGAAGCUGCACGCCAAGGCAUUGUUUUGCUUAAAAAUCAAAAAACUUCACCACCGCUUUCGACAAGAUUACACCCUACUGUUGCAGUCAUUGGACCAAAUUCAGAUGUCACUGUGACUAUGAUAGGCAACUAUGCUGGAGUUGCGUGUGAUUAUACCACUCCAGUGCAAGGUAUAGCGCGAUAUGUUCACACAAUUCAUGAGGCAGGAUGUACCGAUGUUGCUUGCAACUCGAAUCAGCAGUUUGGGGCUGCUGAGGAAGCUGCUAGACGAGCGGAUGCAACAGUUCUAGUAAUGGGACUUGAUCAAUCAGUUGAAGCAGAGGCUAGGGACAGAGUUAGUUUAUUAUUGCCUGGACACCAACAAGAGCUCAUUUCUAGAGUUGCCUUGGCUUCUAAAGGCCCUACUAUCUUAGUCAUAAUGUCUGGUGGACCAGUUGAUAUUGAUUUUGCUAAGGCUGAUCCUCGAAUUUCUGCUAUUAUAUGGGCUGGUUAUCCGGGUCAAGAAGGCGGGACUGCAAUUGCUGAUGUUCUGUUUGGCAUGACCAAUCCAGGUGGAAAACUACCAAUGACAUGGUAUCCAGAAAGCUACCUUGCUCAGGUGCCAAUGACAAACAUGGACAUGAGAGCCAACCCCGCGAAAGGAUAUCCAGGCCGAACAUACAGAUUUUACAAAGGCCCUGUGAUCUAUCCAUUUGGACAUGGCUUAAGUUACACUACAUUUGUGCACAAAUUAGCCAAUAGCCCCCCAACUUCAAUUUCUGUACCAUUUGCAGCUAACAAAAUGAUGAAAAACUCAACCAUGUUAACCACUGGACUAAAAGUCACACAUACAAACUGCAAUGCCCUGGCCUUAGGCAUCCACAUUGAUGUCCACAACACUGGGACAAUGGACGGAACACACACGGUUCUUGCAUUUGCAUCUCCUCCAGCCGGAAAAUGGACUAAUGACAAACAACUAGUUGGAUUUGAGAAAGUUCAUGUGGUUGCCGGAGCUCGAGAGAGGGUAAAAGUGCAUAUUGAUGUGUGCAAACAUCUCAGCGUUGCUGACGAAUUCGGAGUUCGAAGAAUUCCAAUGGGAGACCAUACUCUUCAUGUUGGUGAUCUUAAGCAUUCAGUUUCUCUCCAACUUGCAUUUUAAGUAUUGAAAGAAAAUUGUUUGAGUCUAGUGCUACAAUUGGCACUUGUGUUAGUUUUAUUACGCAUUCACAUAACAUUCCGGCAAAUGCAACGGAAUCAAAUUUUUAUGUCUUAAAGUUGAAAUCUAUACAAACGAAAGGCUAGUUAUGUUAAAAUGUUA